GUUGAUCUUGAUUUUAUGUACUGAAAGCUGAUCCUUCCUUCUCCAAGAUGGCAUUCGUUUCAGCACAAGGGCCUACGGUGGUGGACCAAACCACUUUGAUGAAAAAAUACCUUCAGUUUGUGGCUGCUCUUACUGAUGUCAAUACACCUGAUGAAACCAAAUUGAAAAUGAUGCAAGAAGUCAGUGAGAAUUUUGAGAAUGUGACAUCAUCCCCUCAAUAUUCUACGUUCCUGGAACACAUUAUCCCUAGGUUUCUCACCUUUCUACAGGACGGAGAAGUUCAGUUUCUGCAGGAGAAGCCAGCACAGCAACUCCGAAAGCUAGUGCUUGAAAUAAUUCACAGAAUACCAACAAAUGAACAUCUCCGUCUUCAUACCAAAAAUAUCCUGUCUGUGAUGUUUAGAUUUCUAGAGACAGAGAAUGAAGAAAACGUACUGAUUUGCUUAAGAAUAAUUAUUGAAUUGCACAAACAGUUCCGACCAGCAAUCACUCAAGAAAUCCAUCAUUUUUUGGACUUUGUGAAACAGAUUUACAAGGAACUUCCAAAAGUAGUGAAUCGGUAUUUUGAGAAUCCUCAGGUGAUUCCGGAGAACACUGUUCCUACUCCUGAAAUGGUUGGCAUGAUUACAACAAUUGUGGUGAAAGUAAACCCUGAACGAGAAGACAGUGAAACGAGAACACAUUCUAUAAUUCCCAGGGGAUCUUUAUCUCUAAAGGUCUUGGCUGAGCUACCUAUUAUUGUUGUUCUUAUGUAUCAGCUCUACAAACUGAACAUUCACAAUGUAGUAGCUGAAUUUGUGCCUUUGAUUAUGAACACUAUUAUAAUACAGGUUUCUGCUCAAGCAAGGCAACAUAAACUUUAUAACAAGGAAUUAUAUGCCGAUUUUAUCGCUGCUCAAAUUAAAACAUUGUCUUUUUUGGCUUACAUCAUAAGAAUUUACCAGGAUUUAGUAGCUAAAUAUUCUCAGCAAAUGGUAAAAGGAAUGUUGCAGUUGCUCUCCAAUUGUCCAGCUGAAACCGCGCACCUCCGGAAGGAGCUUCUGAUUGCUGCUAAGCACAUCUUGACAACAGACUUGAGGAGCCAAUUUAUUCCAUGUAUGGACAAGCUAUUUGAUGAAUCUAUACUAAUUGGCUCUGGAUACACUGCCCGAGAGACACUGAGACCACUUGCAUAUAGUACACUGGCAGACCUGGUACAUCAUGUCCGUCAGCAUUUACCGCUCAAUGAUCUCUCCCUUGCUGUCCAGCUAUUUGCCAAGAACAUUGAUGAUGAGUCGUUGCCUAGCAGUAUCCAGACAAUGUCUUGCAAGCUUCUGCUAAAUUUGGUAGACUGUAUCCGGUCUAAAAGUGAACAGGAAAAUGGAAAUGGUAGAGAUAUUCUUAUGAGAAUGCUGGAGGUUUUUGUUUUGAAAUUUCACACUAUAGCACGAUACCAGCUUUCUGUAAUUUUUAAAAAAUGCAAGCCACAGUCUGAACUUGGGGCUGCUGAAGCCGCAUUACCUGGAGUACCGACGGCAGCAAAUGCAGCACCUGUUCCCGUUCCAUCUCCUGCCCCAGCCACUCCAGUGGCCCCUGCACCAGUACCUGUAUUUGAAAAACAAGGGGAGAAAGAAAAAGAAGAUAAACAGACAUUUCAGGUCACAGAUUGCCGAAGCUUAGUGAAAACUUUGGUCUGUGGUGUCAAGACAAUCACGUGGGGCAUAACAUCAUGCAAAGCUCCUGGUGAAGCACAAUUCAUUCCCAAUAAGCAGCUGCAACCUAAGGAGACUCAAAUCUAUAUAAAACUGGUAAAAUACGCAAUGCAAGCUUUAGAUAUUUAUCAGGUCCAAAUAGCAGGAAAUGGACAGACAUAUGUUCGAGUAGCAAACUGUCAGACAGUCAGAAUGAAAGAGGAAAAGGAAGUUCUGGAGCAUUUUGCUGGUGUGUUCACAAUGAUGAACCCUUUAACUUUUAAAGAAAUCUUUCAAACUACUGUUCCUUAUAUGGUGGAGAGAAUCUCAAAAAACUAUGCUCUUCAGAUUGUUGCCAAUUCCUUCUUGGCAAACCCUACUACCUCUGCCCUCUUUGCAACGAUUUUGGUAGAGUAUCUUCUGGAUCGGCUGCCAGAAAUGGGCUCUAAUGUGGAACUCUCCAAUCUGUAUCUCAAGCUGUUCAAGUUAGUCUUUGGCUCAGUUUCACUAUUUGCAGCUGAAAAUGAACAAAUGCUGAAGCCACAUUUGCACAAGAUUGUGAACAGCUCUAUGGAACUUGCACAGACUGCCAAAGAGCCCUAUAACUAUUUCCUGCUGCUCAGAGCACUGUUCAGAUCUAUUGGAGGAGGCAGUCAUGAUCUGUUAUAUCAAGAAUUCUUGCCGCUGUUACCAAACUUACUGCAAGGACUCAAUAUGUUGCAAAGUGGCCUUCAUAAACAACACAUGAAAGACUUGUUUGUAGAGCUCUGCCUCACUGUGCCAGUUCGUUUGAGCUCAUUACUGCCUUAUCUGCCAAUGUUGAUGGAUCCCUUGGUGUCGGCUCUCAAUGGAUCUCAGACGCUGGUUAGCCAAGGCUUAAGAACUCUUGAAUUGUGCGUGGAUAACUUGCAGCCAGACUUUCUGUAUGAUCACAUUCAGCCAGUUCGAGCUGAGCUAAUGCAGGCUUUGUGGCGUACACUGCGCAAUCCUGCAGACAGCAUUUCUCAUGUGGCUUAUCGUGUACUUGGUAAAUUUGGUGGAAGUAACAGGAAGAUGUUAAAAGAAUCACAGAAACUACAAUAUGUAGUCACAGAAAUCCAAGGACCCAGUAUUACAAUUGAAUUUUCAGACUGUAAAGCAUCCAUUCAGCUACCAAUGGAAAAGGCAAUUGAGACUGCUCUGGACUGUUUGAAGAGUGCUAACACAGAACCGUAUUAUCGGAGGCAAGCGUGGGAAGUAAUCAAGUGUUUUUUAGUAGCUAUGAUGAGCUUGGAUGAUAAUAAACAUGCGUUAUACCAACUUCUUGCACAUCCCAACUUUACUGAAAAGUCCAUACCCAAUGUGAUUAUUUCGCAUCGAUACAAAGCUCAGGAUACUCCAGCUCGUAAAACGUUUGAACAGGCAUUGACAGGGGCAUUCAUGUCAGCAGUCAUCAAAGAUCUGAGGCCUAGUGCUCUGCCUUUUGUAGCCAGCUUAAUCCGCCAUUACACAAUGGUGGCAGUCGCUCAGCAAUGUGGUCCUUUUUUGCUGCAGUGCUAUCAGGUUGGAAGCCAGCCUAGCACCGCCAUGUUUCAUAGUGAAGAAAAUGGGUCAAAAGGCAUGGAUCCCUUGGUGCUAAUUGAUGCCAUAGCAAUCUGCAUGGCAUAUGAGGAGAAGGAACUCUGCAAAAUAGGAGAGGUGGCUCUAGCAGUGAUAUUUGAUGUUGCGAGCAUUAUCUUGGGUUCAAAGGAAAGGGCUUGUCAGCUUCCCUUGUUUUCAUACAUUGUGGAACGUUUAUGUGCUUGCUGUUACGAACAAGCUUGGUAUGCUAAACUAGGAGGUGUUGUGUCAAUUAAAUUUCUUAUGGAACGACUGCCUCUAAUUUGGGUCCUCCAGAACCAGCAGACUUUCCUGAAGGCACUUCUCUUUGUUAUGAUGGAUCUGACUGGAGAGGUUUCCAAUGGAGCAGUUGCUAUGGCAAAGACCACAUUGGAACAGCUUUUGAUUAGAUGUGCAACUCCUUUAAAAGAUGAAGAAAAAACAGAAGAAAUCUUAGCAGCACAGGAAAAGUCUUUUCAUCAUGUAACACAUGACCUCGUUCGAGAAGUAACCUCUCCAAACUCUACUGUGAGAAAACAGGCCAUGCAUUCGUUGCAGGUACUUGCACAGGUCACUGGAAAAAGUGUCACGGUGAUUAUGGAGCCACAUAAAGAGGUUCUCCAAGACAUGGUUCCUCCUAAAAAGCAUUUACUUAGGCAUCAACCUGCAAAUGCCCAGAUUGGCCUGAUGGAGGGAAAUACAUUUUGCACAACCCUGCAACCCCGGUUGUUUACAAUGGAUCUAAAUGUUGUGGAACACAAGGUUUUCUACACAGAGUUACUGAAUUUGUGUGAGGCUGAAGAUGCUGCCUUAAUGAAACUACCUUGUUACAAAAGUCUUCCAUCACUUGUACCUCUUCGGAUUGCAGCCUUAAAUGCUCUAGCUGCCUGCAAUUACUUGCCUCAGUCGAGAGAGAAAAUCAUUGCUGCACUUUUCAAGGCACUUAAUUCAACAAAUAAUGAACUGCAGGAGGCAGGAGAAGCAUGCAUGAGAAAGUUCUUGGAAGGAGCUACCAUAGAAGUUGAUCAAAUUCAUACACACAUGAGACCGUUGCUUAUGAUGUUGGGAGACUAUCGAAGUCUGACACUGAAUGUUGUGAAUCGUCUGACAUCUGUCACUAGACUUUUUCCAAACUCUUUUAAUGAUAAAUUCUGUGAUCAGAUGAUGCAACACCUGCGUAAAUGGAUGGAAGUUGUAGUUAUUACACACAAAGGUGGACAACGGAGUGAUGGAAAUGAGAGCAAUUCAGAGCAUGGGAGAUACUCAUUGUCUCCAUCCUUUCAGUUUGAGCCUGCCGCAGAAGGGGUAGAGGAAAUGAAGAUUUGUUCAGCAAUUAUAAAUUUAUUCCAUCUGAUCCCAGCUGCCCCUCAGACUUUGGUUAAACCUCUGCUGGAAGUUGUUAUGAAAACAGAACGAGCAAUGUUAAUUGAGGCUGGCAGUCCAUUCAGGGAACCACUGAUAAAAUUUUUGACACGUCAUCCAUCCCAGACUGUGGAGCUGUUCAUGAUGGAAGCCACUUUAAAUGAUCCACAGUGGAGCAGAAUGUUUAUGAGUUUCUUAAAACAUAAAGAUGCCAAACCUCUACGAGAUGUACUGGCAGCUAAUCCUAACCGAUUUAUCACUCUGCUGUUACCUGUUGGUACCCAAGCGGCUGUUAGACCUGGUUCUCCAAGCACUACCACAAUGCGUCUCGAUCUACAGUUUCAGGCUAUCAAGAUCAUAAGUAUUAUUGUUAAGAAUGAUGAAUGUUGGUUAGCAAAUCAACAUUCCCUGGUGAAUCAGCUGAAACGUGUGUGGGUGAGUGAAGCUUUUCAGGAGAGACAUCGUAAGGAGAAUAUGGCUGCGACAAAUUGGAAAGAACCUAAGCUAUUAGCAUAUUGCUUAUUGAAUUACUGCAAGAGGAAUUAUGGCGAUAUAGAGUUGCUCUUCCAGUUGCUUCGAGCUUUUACGGGUCGAUUUCUCUGCAAUAUGACUUUCUUAAAGGAAUACAUGGAAGAAGAGAUCCCCAAAAACUACAGUAUUCCCCAAAAACGGGCUUUGUUCUUCCGGUUUGUAGACUUCAAUGACCCAAACUUUGGAGAUGAGCUCAAAGCCAAGGUACUGCAGCAUAUCCUGAAUCCUGCUUUCUUGUACAGUUUUGAAAAGGGAGAAGGUGAACAGCUGUUGGGACCCCCAAACCCAGAAGGAGAUAAUCCAGAAAGCAUCACUAGCGUUUUUAUAACAAAGGUACUUGAUCCGGAAAAACAGGCUGAUAUGCUGGAUUCUCUCAGGAUAUAUCUCUUGCAGUUUGCCACACUUCUGGUUGAGCAUGCUCCACAUCACAUUCAUGACAAUAACAAAAACCGGAACAGCAAACUACGACGCUUAAUGACGUUUGCUUGGCCUUGUCUCCUGUCCAAGGCAUGUGUGGACCCAGCAUGCAAAUACAGUGGACAUCUGCUUUUGGCACACAUCAUUGCAAAAUUUGCCAUACAUAAGAAGAUAGUUCUGCAGGUUUUUCACAGUCUUCUAAAAGCUCACGCGAUGGAGGCCCGAGCUAUUGUCAGGCAAGCGAUGGCUAUUCUGACUCCAGCUGUGCCUGCUCGAAUGGAGGAUGGACAUCAGAUGCUGACUCACUGGACACGAAAAAUCAUUGUGGAAGAGGGUCAUACAGUUCCCCAGCUAGUACAUAUUUUGCACUUGAUAGUACAACAUUUCAAGGUUUAUUAUCCAGUGAGACAUCACUUGGUUCAGCAUAUGGUUAGUGCCAUGCAGAGACUGGGCUUCACUCCCAGUGUUACAAUAGAGCAAAGAAAAUUAGCUGUGGAUCUUGCUGAAGUAGUUAUUAAAUGGGAAUUGCAAAGAAUUAAAGACCAGCAGCCAGAUUCAGAUAUGGAUUCAAGUGCAAGUGGAGAAGGAGCAAGUUCUGCCUCAUCUGCUGUUAAAAGAGGAUUGUCUGUGGAUUCUGGCCAAGAAGUAAAACGAUUCAGGACAGCUACAGGAGCAAUAAGUGCUGUAUUUGGACGUAGCCAGUCCUUGCCAGGAGCUGAUGCACUUCUUUCCAAGCCGAUUGACAAGCAGCAUACAGAUACAGUCGUGAAUUUCUUGAUUAGAAUUGCUUGCCAGGUAAAUGACAACUCAAACACUGCUGGAUCUCCUGGGGAAUUGCUGUCUCGCCGCUGUGUCAACCUUCUGAAAACAGCUUUACGACCAGACAUGUGGCCAAAAUCAGAACUGAAGUUGCAGUGGUUUGAUAAGCUGCUAAUGACUGUGGAACAACCCAAUCAGGCCAACUUUGCCAACAUUUGCACUGGCUUAGAGGUCUUAAGUUUCCUGUUAACUGUACUGCAGCCCCCUGCUAUCCUUAGCAGCUUCAAACCCCUGCAACGAGGUGUAGCAGCUUGUAUGACUUGUGGAAACACCAAGGUUUUGAGAGCAGUCCACAGUCUGCUUUCUCGCUUGAUGGGUAUUUUCCCUACAGAACCAAGUACCUCAAGUGUAGCUUCAAAGUAUGAAGAGCUGGAGUGCCUUUAUGCUGCAGUCGGAAAGGUUAUUUAUGAAGGACUUACUAAUUAUGAAAAAGCCACUAAUGCUAACCCUUCUCAGCUCUUCGGUACUUUAAUGAUUCUGAAGUCUGCAUGCAGUAACAAUCCCAGCUAUAUUGACAGAUUGAUUUCAGUUUUUAUGCGAUCUCUGCAGAAGAUGGUCAGGGAACACUUAAACCCACAGGCUACAGCAGGAACAGCAGAAGCAAAUACAGGUACAAGUGAACUGGUGAUGCUAAGCCUGGAUCUUGUGAAAACUCGCCUCGCUGUGAUGAGCAUGGAAAUGAGGAAAAAUUUUAUACAAGCUAUUCUAACAUCUCUCAUUGAAAAAUCUACUGAUGCCAAAAUUCUUCGUGCAGUGGUAAAAAUAGUGGAAGAGUGGGUGAAAAACAAUUCCCCAAUGGCAGCUAAUCAGACACCUACUCUCCGGGAGAAGUCCAUUUUACUAGUGAAAAUGAUGACUUACAUUGAAAAGCGUUUUCCAGAAGACCUUGAAUUAAAUGCCCAGUUCUUAGACCUUGUUAACUAUGUCUAUAGGGAUGAGAAUCUUUCUGGUAGCGAACUUACUGCUAAACUUGAGCCAGCAUUUCUUUCGGGUUUACGUUGUGCUCAGCCACUCAUACGAGCCAAAUUUUUUGAAGUCUUUGACAAUUCUAUGAAACGUCGUGUUUAUGAGCGCCUACUUUAUGUGACCUGUUCUCAAAACUGGGAAGCAAUGGGAAAUCACUUUUGGAUAAAACAGUGCAUCGAGCUCCUGCUGGCAGUGUGCGAGAGAAAUACUACAAUUGGGACAAGCUGUCAGGGUGCUAUGCUGCCUUCUAUCACCAAUGUUAUCAACCUUGCUGACAGUCACGAUAGAGCGGCAUUCGCUAUGGUAACCCACGUCAAACAAGAGCCUCGUGAAAGGGAAAACAGUGAAUCCAAAGAAGAGGAUGUUGAAAUAGACAUUGAAUUGGCUCCGGGAGAUCAGACCAGUACACCUAAAACUAAGGAACUUUCUGAGAAGGACAUUGGCAAUCAGCUGCACAUGUUGACCAACCGGCAUGACAAAUUUCUUGACUCUCUUCGAGAAGUGAAGACUGGAGCGUUGCUGAGUGCCUUUGUUCAGUUAUGUCAUAUUUCUACACCGUUAGCAGAGAAGACUUGGAUACAGCUUUUUUCACGACUUUGGAAAAUCUUGUCUGACAGACAGCAACAUGCUCUAGCAGGUGAAAUAAGCCCUUUCUUGUGCAGUGGUAGCCAUCAAGUACAGCGAGAUUGCCAGCCGAGUGCACUGAAUUGCUUUGUGGAAGCAAUGUCACAGUGUGUGCCUCCUAUUCCUAUCAGACCUUGUGUCCUGAAAUACUUGGGUAAAACUCACAAUCUCUGGUUUCGUUCUACACUGAUGCUGGAACAUCAAGCCUUUGAAAAAGGACUGAGUCUACAAAUUAAGCCUAAACAGACAACAGAAUUUUAUGAGCAGGAAAGCAUAACCCCCCUCAACAGUGAAGAAAUUCCUGUCCUUGAAAUACUGGAUUCCCUUGCUGAGCUCUACUCUUUGUUGCAAGAAGAGGAUAUGUGGGCUGGACUAUGGCAGAAACGCUGUAAAUUCCCAGAGACAGCAACAGCUAUUGCCUAUGAACAACAUGGCUUUUUUGAACAGGCACAAGAAACUUAUGAAAAAGCAAUGGAAAAGGCUAAAAAAGAGCAUGAACGGAACAAUGCUUCCCCUUCGAUCUUUCCUGAGUAUCAGCUCUGGGAAGACCAUUGGAUUCGUUGCUCAAAAGAAUUGAACCAAUGGGAACCUUUGACAGAAUAUGGCCAGUCAAAAGGUCACAUAAAUCCUUACCUAGUACUGGAAUGUGCGUGGAGGGUCUCAAACUGGACUGCUAUGAAGGAGGCUCUGGUUCAGGUGGAGUUGAGUUGUCCAAAGGAGAUGGCAUGGAAAGUGAAUAUGUACAGAGGAUACUUAGCAAUCUGCCAUCCGGAAGAGCAACAGCUUAACUUCAUUGAGCGUCUAGUAGAGAUGGCGAGUAGUUUAGCUAUUCGAGAAUGGCGAAGGCUUCCUCACGUAGUCUCGCAUGUUCAUACUCCCCUUCUCCAGGCAGCACAGCAAAUAAUUGAACUUCAAGAAGCAGCCCAAAUAAAUGCAGGAUUGCAACCAACUAAUCUGGGGAGAAACAAUAGCUUACAUGAUAUGAAGACUGUUGUGAAGACUUGGAGGAACAGGUUACCUAUUGUGUCAGAUGAUUUAUCCCACUGGAGCAGCAUUUUCAUGUGGAGACAACAUCAUUACCAGGCCAUUGUAACUGCAUAUGAAAAUAGUUCUCAGCAUGAUCCUAGUUCCAAUAAUGCUAUGUUGGGAGUUCAUGCUUCUGCAUCGGCAAUUAUCCAAUAUGGAAAGAUAGCUCGAAAACAAGGGCUAGUCAACGUAGCUCUGGAUAUACUGAGUCGCAUUCAUACAAUUCCAACUGUGCCCAUUGUGGACUGCUUUCAGAAGAUUCGCCAGCAAGUUAAAUGUUAUCUUCAGCUGGCUGGAGUCAUGGGCAAAAAUGAAUGUAUGCAGGGUCUUGAAGUUAUUGAAUCAACCAAUCUGAAGUACUUCACCAAGGAGAUGACUGCUGAGUUUUAUGCAUUGAAGGGAAUGUUCUUGGCACAGAUUAACAAGUCUGAAGAAGCAAACAAAGCUUUUUCUGCAGCUGUGCAAAUGCAUGAUGUGCUAGUGAAAGCAUGGGCAAUGUGGGGUGAUUACCUGGAGAAUAUCUUUGUGAAAGAACGUCAGCUUCACCUGGGUGUGUCUGCUAUUACUUGCUACCUGCAUGCAUGUCGUCAUCAAAAUGAGAGCAAAUCAAGAAAAUACUUAGCAAAGGUUCUUUGGCUACUGAGUUUUGAUGAUGAUAAGAACACCUUAGCAGAUGCAGUAGACAAGUACUGUAUUGGUGUUCCACCCAUUCAGUGGUUGGCCUGGAUUCCACAGCUGUUGACAUGCCUGGUUGGCUCAGAGGGCAAACUCCUUCUGAACCUCAUUAGUCAGGUGGGAAGAGUCUAUCCCCAAGCUGUCUACUUCCCUAUCAGGACCCUCUAUUUGACCUUGAAGAUAGAACAACGGGAGCGCUACAAAAGCGAUUCUGGGCAACAACAGCCAAGUUCAGUUGGAAAUCAGUCCCACUCUGCCUCAGAUCCUGGGCCAAUCAGAGCCACUGCACCAAUGUGGCGAUGCAGCAGAAUUAUGCAUAUGCAGCGAGAAUUACAUCCAACACUUUUGUCUUCUCUGGAAGGCAUUGUAGAUCAGAUGGUCUGGUUCAGAGAGAAUUGGCAUGAAGAGGUUCUUAGACAACUGCAGCAGGGCUUGGCAAAGUGCUAUUCAGUUGCCUUUGAGAAAAGUGGAGCCGUUUCCGAUGCCAAAAUCACUCCUCAUACACUAAAUUUUGUCAAGAAGUUAGUCAGCACUUUCGGAGUAGGUCUUGAGAAUGUCUCUAAUGUGUCCACCAUGUUUUCUAGUGCAGCCUCAGAGUCGCUAGCUAGGAGAGCACAGGCAACAGCUCAAGAUCCCGUGUUCCAGAAGUUAAAAGGGCAAUUUACAACAGACUUCGACUUCAGUGUGCCAGGGUCAAUGAAACUUCACAAUCUUAUCUCUAAACUGAAGAAAUGGAUCAAAAUUCUGGAGGCAAAAACUAAACAGCUUCCAAAGUUCUUCCUCAUAGAGGAAAAGUGCCGCUUUCUAAGUAAUUUUUCAGCUCAAACUGCAGAAGUAGAGAUACCUGGAGAAUUCCUUAUGCCAAAGCCAACACAUUACUACAUCAAGAUAGCCAGGUUUAUGCCCAGAGUGGAGAUAGUUCAGAAACACAAUACUGCAGCUAGAAGACUCUAUAUCCGAGGCCAUAAUGGAAAGAUUUACCCAUAUCUGGUAAUGAAUGAUGCUUGCCUGACAGAGUCUCGUAGAGAAGAGCGGGUAUUACAACUUCUUCGCCUUUUGAACCCCUGCUUAGAGAAGAGGAAGGAAACCACAAAAAGACAUUUGUUUUUUACAGUCCCCCGUGUUGUAGCAGUUUCUCCACAGAUGCGUUUGGUUGAAGACAAUCCCUCUUCUCUUUCGCUGGUGGAGAUCUAUAAGCAGCGCUGUGCCAAGAAAGGCAUUGAGCAUGACAACCCUAUUUCUCGUUACUAUGACAGACUGGCAACGGUCCAAGCACGAGGGACUCAAGCUAGCCAUCAGGUUCUCAGAGAUAUACUUAAAGAAGUACAGAGUAACAUGGUGCCGCGCAGUAUGCUUAAGGAGUGGGCUUUACAUACAUUCCCCAAUGCUACGGAUUACUGGACUUUUCGAAAGAUGUUCACUAUUCAGUUAGCCCUAAUUGGCUUUGCAGAAUUCAUCUUCCAUUUAAAUAGACUCAAUCCUGAAAUGCUGCAGAUUGCCCAGGAUACUGGCAAGCUAAAUGUAGCUUACUUUCGCUUCGACAUUAACGAUGCUACUGGAGAUUUGGAUGCCAAUCGUCCAGUUCCAUUCCGGCUUACACCAAACAUUUCUGAAUUUCUUACCACCAUUGGGGUGUCUGGUCCACUGACUGCAUCUAUGAUUGCAGUAGCUCGCUGCUUUGCACAACCAAACUUUAAGGUUGAUGGCAUCCUAAAAACUGUGCUACGGGAUGAAAUAAUUGCAUGGCACAAAAAAACACAAGAGGAUACUUCCUCUCCACUCUCAGCAGCUGGGCAACCUGAAAAUAUGGACAGCCAGCAGCUGGUUUCACUAGUUCAAAAAGCUGUUACUGCUAUCAUGACUCGACUUCAUAAUCUUGCUCAGUUUGAAGGAGGAGAAAGCAAAGUCAACACUCUGGUAGCAGCUGCAAAUAGCUUGGAUAAUCUCUGUCGUAUGGAUCCUGCCUGGCACCCCUGGCUGUAACUUGAAGUUUUCAAUAGCUUUUUUUGCUGCUGUUUGUGGUGUGAGCCAUAUAUUGUGUUACGAAAACAUGAAAAAAGCUUUCCAGACCGUGGCUUACCUGUCACACUGCAUUUUGUCAGUCUUCAUUUUAAUCGUGUUUACAGUAAUGACAAUUUUACUGUUUUUAAUUUCAUGAGGGGACACUUCCUCCUGUUUAAAAAAGGUUGGUCAAUAUGCAACAACAACUUUCACAAAUAGCUUAAAAUGAAGAGAAGAAGCUUAAAUAAUGUACAGAAAAAUCUUACUUUAUGAUGAGGACUAUAAAACUAGCACUGUUAGAUUUAGGGUCUGCCAUUCCUAAUAACCUGCAGUAUAUAAAUUUUUUUAUACAAUAGUAAUUAUUAAAAAAAAAAAGACAGUAUUCCCAGUUACUGAAUUUUACUUCGUGAAAUUUUACUUAAUCACUAUCCCUUCAUUAUACCAAAUUGAAGGCACAAAUAAAUACUCUUCCUUUAAGUUUGCUUCAAAUUUACAUGAGCAAAGUUGGUUUGUACAGAGGAUUUUGUACCAAAUGUAUAGAGGUGACUUUUUGUUAGGCACUGAGAAAAUGAUGAUCAAAUUGUGCUAGCUUUUCUUGGAGCACAAGCUAUGUACAGUAAAAGUGUAAACCAUUUAGGGUAAUUGGUUUAGUUGUGGAAGGUGUUUGGGGGGAAGUUUAUAAAAAGGAUGGAAAAAGUCAUCCUUUGAUACAUGUAUUUGGUUGUAAUAGAUAAAGUAAAAUCUUACAAAGUUCUCUUUUUUUUUUAAUGUUUAGAAUUACAAUAGCUUCUUUAGAAUGAAUCUGUUUCUUUGUAAUUUAAGAAAAGAUCAGUUUAAUGUUUCACUCGUCUUUCUGUUGUGUUAGCAUUUUUAUAAAACUUCAGUGUUGAGAAUGUUACAUUUGUACAGAGUGAUUUUUUCAAAAUAAAUAUUUUGUAAAACUCUC